UAGACACAUGAUUUUUCUCUUUUUUCUUCACAAUCACAUUGUUCCAACAAACAUGGUCUGAAAAGUGAAAACCAUGCUUCAGCUAAACAACAUUGGGAAUAAAAGCGAAGCAGUUUCAAGAUUUGCGAUUAGCGUUUGCCAUAGAGAUUAAUUAAUUUAUCUUGCGAAAAUGGGAUUCUUCAGCGGCAUGAUUCUCGGUAUCGCCAUUGGUAUCGUGAUGAUCAUCGGUUUCGCUCGUCACGAGAGCGUUCGAUCCAAACGUCGCUCCGAUUUGGCGAAGACGAUAGCAGUGUUUGCGAGAAUGACAGUGGAAGAUUCCAGAAAACUUUUGCCUCCUAAGUUCUAUCCAUCAUGGGUGGUCUUCACACAGAGACAGAAGUUAAAUUGGCUUAAUGUCCAACUCACGAGGAUUUGGCCAUAUGUUGAUGAGGCAGUGUCAGAGUUGAUAAGAACCAGUGUGGAACCAAUUCUUGAACAAUAUACACCGGUUGUUUUGGCUUCUCUCACCUUCUCCAAGUUGACCCUUGGCACUGUGGCUCCACAAUUUACAGGAGUUACUAUUCUUGAAGAGGAUAGUGGGCCUGAUGGUGUGACUAUGGAUAUUGAGAUGCAAUGGGAUGGUAACCCGAAUAUCGUUCUUGACAUCAAAACCCGAGUUGGUGUCGUACUUCCUGUACAGGUAAAAGAUAUUGGAUUCACUGGGGUUUUCAGGUUGAUCUUCAAACCACUAGUGAAUGAGUUUCCGGGUUUCGGAGCUGUUUGUUUUUCCUUGAAAGAAAAGAAAGAUCUGGAUUUUACUCUGAAGGUUAUUGGUGGUGAUUUAUCAGCCUUACCGGGAGUAUCUGAUGCAAUAGAGGAAACGAUUAGAGAUGCGAUUGAAGACUCUAUAACUUGGCCUGUGCGCCAAAUUAUACCCAUUUUACCUGGAGAUUACAGUAAUCUAGAGUUGAAACCGGUUGGAAUACUGGAAGUUAAACUUGUGCAAGCAAGGAACUUAACAAAUAAAGAUUUGAUUGGGAAGUCCGAUCCCUAUGCUGUCCUUUUUGUACGCCCGCUUCGUGCCAGAACCAAAAGCAGUAAAGUAGUGAACAACCAGUUGAGUCCAAUAUGGAAUGAACACUUUGAAUUCACUAUUGAAGAUGCGGCAACGCAGCACUUGACCAUAAGAAUUUUCGAUGAUGAAGGCAUUCAGGCUUCUGAACUUAUUGGCUGUGCCAAAGUUUCACUGCAGGAGCUCGAACCUGGUAAAGUCAAGGAUGUAUGGCUUAAGCUGGUUAAGGAUUUGGAGAUCCAAAGAGAUAACAAAUACAGGGGUGAGGUGCAUUUGGAGCUCUUGUACUGCCCAAUUGGAGUGGAAAGCGCCAUCAAGAACCCUUUUGACCCUGAUUUCUCAUUAACCUCGUUGGAGAAGACCCUCAAGAGUGGUGAGGGAGAGGAUGAAGAUCCUACAGGGUCACGUAAGAGAAGCAACGUGAUCGUAAGAGGGGUUCUAUCUGUCACGGUGAUUUCAGCUGAAGACUUACCAGUAGUGGACUUAAUGGGCAAGGCUGAUCCAUUUGUUGUCCUUAGUUUGAGAAAAACAGAAAAAAAACUCAAGACCAGAGUUGUAAAUGAAUCCCUAAACCCAGUUUGGAAUCAAACAUUUGAUUUUGUUGUGGAGGAUGGCUUACACGAAAUGUUAAUUCUGGAAGUCUACGAUCAUGAUACGUUUGGCAAGGAAAAAAUUGGAAGAGUGAUCUUAACACUGACUAAGGUCAUCUUAGAAGGAGAAUACAAUGAAACUUAUCCUCUAGAUGGAGCUAAAUCCGGAAACAUUUCUUUAUAUUUGAAGUGGACUCCGCAGCACAAAUUCCGGGAUACUUAGAGCCCUAAUUUACGUAUUUAUUCUAGUUCAUAUUUUUAAUGUAUUAUUGUUAUUUAUUAUUAUUUUGAUCAUUUAGAUUCGACAAACUCUUUCGGUUUUUGGUUGAUCGUCGAAGAAGCCUCCUAUAAUUCUAGGAGAAAAUGAGAAUGGUAUCUACAAAGCAAAGUAUUACAUUUUUGUGUAAAUAUAGGCUAUUUAUAUCAUAUUACUAUAAUUUUAUUUUCUUGAAGUGUUUUAUUUUGGUGAAAGAGGCUUUAUCGGAUUAUUAUGAAUUACGUAUGUAUAAAGUGUUCUUGAAAUAUUUAUCUCCAUUUAUGCAUAGAUUAUAAUAUUUAUGAUUGAGCACCCAAAAUAAUUGUGGCCAGUACGCAUUCUAGAUUUGAUUUUGACACAAUAGAAAUUAUGUAGUACAGUCUUUAACUACUGUCAAUUUAUCAAACAGCCUAGAAUUCAGGAUAUGUGUCACGAUGUCAAGUAUGCUCUGAUUUAUUCUGAUACUUAUAUUGAAAUUUAACUUCACAAUAAUUUUUCAUCUAUCUAUUUACUAGUAUGUUUCGGACGUACUAUAAUAAUGUAUUUUUAAAUUGUGUUUUAAUUAUUUUACAAAUAUUUUAUACUACACUCAAAACAAAAUAUAUUUAUCUAAUAAGAGGUAAAGAUGUCACUAUAUUCAAAUCUAUAAAAAUAAAAAAAAAAGUUACAAUCAAAUAUUUAUCAUCAACACAAUUUAUCUCAUUACAAAAAAUAUAUUAAAUAUUCCUUCCGCAUUGUAAAACAAAAUCAUCUCAUUUCAACAACAAAACGAUAUUCUUUCUUGUUUUCACUGUUUCUCGACAAGUUCGAAUAUAGGUCUUGUUUAGGUUGGGAUUAGGUGAAAAGGGAAAAAAAA